GCGGUCAGAGCCCAAGGUGCCCCACAUGUUGCCUGACACCCAGAAAUGGGUGGAGCGCGGUGCUGCAGUGGUGGGAGGAGACUGUGAACCGCAGCAGGCCUUGGGGAGUGCUGUUAAGGAGGCAGGAGGACCUGGGUGGCGUGGGUUGGGAGCCCGUGAGCCUGGGUUUAGCCCCAACACUCGGCGGCCAUGAGACCGCCCAGUUCCCAUGUGUGCUGGGCCUGUCUCCUCACCAGCUCGAGCCCCCCUCACCGUGGGUGGAGACGACGUGAGUUAGUCUCGGAACAGUGCCAGCUCGCAGCUCACACCCACCAGUAACGUCUAGACCCCAGGCGGGGGCCACAGCAGGUGGGUGAGGCCGAGGCAGUGGCUCUCCUGGGAGCAGCUGCAGCAGGGGGUGAGCUGCUGCGUGGGGAGAUGCAGCAAGCUGCAUGGGCAGGAAGUGAGGGGGGAGCUCGCUGAGGGCUGCAUGAAGGUGCCGUUCAAGGUACCCGAGCUGCCUGGCCGACCCCAGGGGCUGAGGAGGUGCCACCACGCCUUUGGCCUGGGCCAGUCCUCAGCUUCACAGGAUGGGGCCACAGGUGCCCGCAGCCCCUCCUGCCCUCUGGGUCCUGGGGUGCCUUGCCCUGCUCCUCUUGCUGUGGGCGCUGUGCGCAGCCUGCCGCAGGAAGCAGACACAGAGGCAGCAGGCCCGCCUGCAGGGCAGUGUGAUGCGGGCUGAAGUGUCACUGCUGAGACGACCCCACCUCUGCUCCCUCAGCAAGUCGGACACCAGACUGCAUGAGCUGCACGGGGGCCCUCGUGGCAGCAGAGCCCUGCGGCCUGCCAGCAUGGAUUUCCUGCGCCCACAAUGGCUGGAGGAGUCCAGAGGCACCAUCAGGCCUCCAGCAGCCUUCUCACACCGGGAGCUGCCCCAAGCACCCUCCAUCAGCCCCGAGGCCACCUAUUCCAACGUGGGGCUGGCUUCGAUUCCCAGGGCCAGCCUGGCAGCCAACCCUGUGGUGUGGGCAGGGGCACGACUGACCAGCAGCUGUGCCAGGCCUGGGCCUGAGGUCAGACCCGUGGUGGCUGAGUAUGGUUGCAUCCAGAAGCUCCAGGGAACAGGUCCAGGCCCCCAAGCCCUGGAGCAGAGGAAGGCCCAGGUGAUCCCAGCUGCUGAGGUGGACAUCCUGUACUCCAAGGUUAACAAGCCUAAAAGGAGGAGCCCAGGACCUGUCAUAGACCAGCCGGACCCCAAGGGCAGGGGUGCGAUUCUGGUUCUGGGGAGUGACCGGGCCUAUGAGGCCCUCCCACUGAGGGGCCGAGGCGUGGACAACAGCCUUCUGGAAAACGUGUAUGAAAGCAUCCAGGAGAUGGGGGCCCCUGAGCGCCUGCAGCCGCCCAGCUCUGGCUAUUAGCACGAGUGGACACGUGCAGGGCACACAGGCCCCUGGCUGCCUGCCCCAGACCGUGGAGGGCUCUCCAAUUGCUCCCUGCCCCCAGCACCAAGCGCAAAUGUUCCUUCCUCCACCCGCCCCACAGCCCACAGCACAAGUUCCAGAUCCCAGGGCUGCCAGCCUGAGGGCCCCGGGGCCUUGGCUGCGUGGCCUCUCCGGGCCAGCGUCUCAAUAAAUCCCCUGCGCGGAGGAGGAACGCA